UGAUUUCUCAUCUUAUCGCGAGAUUUGCAACAUCUCUUCACAGGUGCCGACCUGCUACAUAAAUCGUGCGAUUUUUUUCCUUGAAAGUGAGGCUGCCAUACUUAUUUUAUUCUAGUCAACGGAAAGUUACUGGCCAGUAAAUUACAACCGCAUUGUCUAUUAAUCUGUUUUUCUUUUUAAUGUAGUGUUUAUACAUUAAAUGCAAGUGCUAGCUUAAAGGAUGCAAUGCUAGCUUCGUUGGGUCGUUGUUUACAUGUUAUUCAGAGAUAACGAGAAAGCGAAGCAGGGACUUUCCUGUCUCUUUUAAAGGUUUUUUUUUUUUUUUUACUAAAUUACGGUCGAAAAUAUCCAACACUUUAGCAGGCUCUUGUCAUUAACUCCAAAUUGUAUCCUGACAGUAUCUCAGGCAGCAUGUCGUGUUGUUUUCUGGAAGCUCCCAGGGGUGUGUCGGUCAGUCUCAGACAUUAAGUCGGGUUUAAUCAUAACAAAAGGAGCAUGGAGUCUGUGAGGAGCGCUUUUCACGCUCAGCUGGCUACCGUCAUGGACUCUCUGCUUGCUGCCGCCGUGUGCGAGAUCGCCAAGAUCUUCGAGAGCAGCCUGUGCGAACAGCAGGCGGAGCUGGCGCAGAAAGCCGAGGAGAUCUCCGUGCUCCGCUGCAGGCUGGAGAAGGUGGAGAGGAGGCACAAAGCUAAGGGUGGAGGCACCGAGGAGGGAGAGCUGUCAUCAGGAGACAGAGAGAGCAGCCUGAGGCAACAGAUCCCGACAGGAUCAGCACUGAGUGUGGGGAAGGAUCCAUGUCCAUCGGAAGCAGAGGAAGUACUCUGCUUGCUGAAGGAAGAGGUCACAGGUCAGGAAGGAGCUGCCGUAAAGCAUGAGCAUCUUAGAUUACACUCUCCUGCAGUCCAAGCCCAAAAUGGAAAUGUGUGCAUCUCCCAUCCUGACCACUUCUCUCCCAAGUCUGAAUCCAGUCUACUUCCAGCAGGUGAGUGGUUACCUGGACUGAACGCCACUCGAGGUGCUGCGUCAGGUCUGGACCAGCUGCAGGCAGACGGCACUGACUGCUCCGCUGCAGCCGGCAGCAGCAUCGGCAAUGACGCGUCUUCCUUCCAGCGCGGUUUUAGAUCAGACGAGACCAGCAACGAAGGCGACGACGCCUCGUUUGCUUAUCUGGACCAGGAGUCUGAGAACCAGAACUCGGAUCAGAGUCCGGGAGUAAAGGAGGCUCAGACAGAUCUCACUCCAGCCUCGUCUGGUGAAUCAUGGCAAACAAGAGACGACAGAGGUGCAAGAGGCCACAUCAACCACACACGGCGAGUCGCUAAUUUUACUACCAGAGAUCCUCUGCGACUGCAGUCCAACUCCCAGUUGCUCGCAGCACGACAGACCAACACUCACAGUCAUCCUGUAACUCCCAGUGGAGGCGGCGGACGCCCUUACUCCUGCCCCUACUGCACCAAGUGUUUCACCUACCCUUCCCAUCAGCGCAGGCACCUUCUACGGCACACUGGAGUCAGACUGCAUCCCUGUCAGUUCUGCGACAAGAGCUUCCUCACGCCGUCAGAGCUCACCGUUCACACUCGCACGCAUACGGGCGAGCGUCCCUUCGGCUGCGCUCAGUGCGGUAAACGCUUCGCCCGUAGCGGCAACCUGAGAGCCCACCAGCGAGACGUUCACAUGGGAAAGAGGCCCUUUGCUUGCGUCGAGUGUGGGAAAAGAUUUGCCCACAGAGGAAACCUGAGGGUGCACAAUCACAGAGUCCAUCAAGGGGAUCCGUACUACUCUGACGGUCAGCCGGAGCCUGACAUAGGCCAGAGUCCUAUUUAAAAGCAACACAAGUAGGAAAAAUACCUACAUUAAGUUAUUAUUCAGCACCUUGGCAGCAGUUUGGAACAAUUGAAGCUUUUUGGUCUUAUUCGUGCUUCUAUAUUUUUUAUGUAGAUGAUUAUGUCUAAUUCUGAGUCAGUCUGUUUUAGGUAAAAUAGAUUUUGUUCAGUGUAAUUGAUGUGAAUGAAUGAUUAUAAUAGUCUGAACAUAACUGUGGAAGUAAAACAAGCAAAAUGUGACUAUAUCGCUGUGUCUUUUCCUUUUCAAAGUUGACCAUUUCUGAACGCACUCUUUAUUUGAACUGAAGAAACGAUCAAAUAAUGUUUUAUAUAUGCUGCAGCUACAUCUAAAAAAAUUAAAAUAUCAUCAAAAUUGCAUUUAUUUCAGGAUUUCCAUUUAGUACUGGGGCACUCAAACACUAUAUAGACUUAUUGCACAAAGAGUGAUAUAGUUCAAGCAUCGUUUUCUGUUAGAUUUUAUUAUUUUGGCUUGUUACACAAGAGGAUUAUGGAAAUUUUGAGAUCAAAAUCAGAACUUUUUUUUUUUUUUAGCGGCAUUAAUUUCCUUCCAUAGUUUAUGGCUAAUAAAAACCCAAAAUUAACUUCCUCAAAAAAAAAAAAAAUUCAGACAAUUAAAAGAGAGCAAUAAAAACACUAAUAUCCAAACAUAUUAGUGGAAAGUUAGGUGGAAAGAAAAAGUGUCAGCAAAAACAGCAGCCUGAUGGCCUCCAAACCCACUGCAUUGAUCCAGUGACUCAUGCAAACGUCUAUGUAUAUACUUUGACAUUUCUGU